AUGGCUUCGGUUGAUAAAGGCGUCCUUGAAAGAUGCCUAACCGCUUUAUUUUUGAACUACUAUCAAUUAUGCUCGGAGAAAUGCGAGUGCGACGGCGGAGACCGUCUCACUGCGAACUCACAAAAUUUCAAUAGAUCUUUAUUAGAGGCACUCAACCGUUGUGAUGAGUUAGAAGUCCAACUCAUGAAUUUCGAAUCUUGGAUUGAUCUUCCGAUUUUAAGCACAGCUGAGAACCCAAAUAAUUUUGAUGAGGUUUCAGGUGACGCUCAACAUUUGGUCGAUAUUGUUCAACAGGUCCAGUCUGCACUCCUAUCAGCUGUUUCUGAUUCAGCUCUAAAGGAUGCUCUUCCUGAACGUCGUUCAAUGGAAUCCUUUAUGCAUGAUUCGUCCCACAGAGUUCAACAACCACCUCAAAGGCCCCAGAUGAUUCCCAAACCUCAAUAUCAGCCUCAACCAGAGAUAUCUGAGUUAGCGUCAAUUCCAACUCCUCUCUUUUCUGAUGAUCAAUCUGGAAUUCCAAUAAAUGACGGCCCGAUUCCUCUGGGAGCCCUAAAUCCAACGAUUCCGCUCGCCCAACAGUCCUACACACCGCCUAGACCACAACCUCAACGAAUUUACAGCGAUGCUCCUUCUCCAUUCAGUCAGGCACAUCAUCUCCCAUUCGGUAUGAGUCGAACUGGAUCUGAUCCAAACUUAAUAUACCAUCAACAAUUUUUGCAGCAGCAACAACAAAAACAAAUGCAACCUCAACAACAACAGGAUGUUAUGCAAAUGCAGGGAAUUCCACCUCCCCCUCAAAAUCCCAAUAACCCUAUUGUGUCGAUGUUACUACCACCGAGCAGCUUCCUCAAGUUCUCUAACGGAGGCCUUAUUUAUAGUCGAUUUCUCUCUGUUUGGCGAGAUAAAGCGACAGCAGAACUUACGCGAACAGAGGAACCCAAACAGACACUGAUUGGUGGAACGGGAGGAGGUUCAGGGGCCCGUGGACCUCAGCCAUAUCUACAACCGAAACCACCGAAUGUAAGAUACAAUCCACGGAUAUAUACAGGUGGGCUGCUCCCACGGAUUGAAUGGGAUGAUGAACCGGUUCGAUUGCCAGACUACGAACCGAAUGAUAUGUGGGCACCGCAUAGGGCGUAUUUUGGACAGAAUGAUUAUAUUGACAUCCUUGGCGACGGUCGGCUAAAACCAGAAGAUUUUUACACUGGUCCAACUUGGGCUCUCAAUGCAAAACACGAGUUCCAACGUGUAUGUCGACUACUCUACGAUCCAGCGGUUGUGGCCUGGCUGGAAGAAUUCGAACCCACCCGUCUGAAGGACCUCCGAAAACGGCAUAAAUACCUCUAUAGACAAGUGAACAUACGAAAGAAUGUCAAGUUUGACAAAUACCGUGAUGCCCCCUAA